GAGCGCAUGCUCACUGGCCACCAGUCGAACGCCAUCAUGUCUCCCAUCUGAAAUCGAAUCAAACAAGCGCGAGGAUUUGCCGUGCGUCGUUUGAACACCAUGGAUUCAGCUUGGACGCCUCUUGAUGUUGUAACUCAGACUAUGUUUCAAAAAGCAUUAGACGAUCCCAAGUCAGUUGAUUUGGAGAAGCUGUCUAACGCAGUUGUAGACCAGUCAUUGAAAGACAUCUCAUUCUGCAAAGAUGCUGGCCGCAUUUGUUAUGCUGUAGUUCAGGCAGAAGCUCAGAAAGCUGCAACCAGUGUAUUCAGGCGAAAUCUGUUGACACGUCUACAGCAAGAGUUCACUGCCAGAGAGGAGACUCGAAACUGCUUGAUGCAGAAGUGGAUCUGUUUGGUCACAUUUAUCUGCAGCAUAUUUGAUUACAUCAAGGUGAACAAUGUUCCUCUUGUGGCCCUUGUGGAUCCAGUAUAUGACUGCCUCUAUAGGUUGGCUCAGCCAGAUGCCUUGAUGAACAAGGAAGAGGUGGACUGCCUGGUGGUACAGCUCCAUCGUGUUGGCGAACAGCUGGAGCAAACAAACUCCCAGCGCAUGAACCAGCUUUUUAACUUGCUCCGGGAUGGUUUUCUCCUUCAGGAAGACCUUAGCUCCAUGACAAGACUCUUGCUCCUGGAGAUCUUGGAGUUCAGGGCCAGUGGCUGGACCCUCACUGAAACUGCGCACAAGUACUACUAUAGUGAAGUCGAUGACUGAGUUGAACUGAGAAAAGAAUGAUAAAUUGGUUAUUAGCAUUAAGAUUUCAAGCGUACAGUGUUUGCAGCAGAUCUAAAUUGUACUUCAUGGGAGAAAGAAGUGGAAACCCCAUGUAAUUGUACCGCAGAGAAUUAUGGAAGAGCUUGUGUUCAUGCAUUUGCAUGUGUUGUGUUCAGCAUUUGAGUUUAGCACAGAAUGUUCAGUUUUAGUGUUCUCUUGUGAAGUAAGCAUCAUGAAUCUGCACUGGAUAUUGACUUGAUGCAAUAAGAAAAGCAAUCGCUACUAGCCCUAAAACUGUGAGCCACCAGCAGUAUUUUUGAAUACUGAUUUGAUACAAUGUACACUCUCUUUUUUACAUUUUUACAGUGAAAGGUUAUUGCAACUUUAGAGGAAGAUUGUCUCACCUUCACCUGUGUUGUUAAUAUGAAAGGAUACUUUGUUAAAGUUUCUUAAUUUUGUAUUAAUUUAUUAGGAAGCAUAUAUUGUUAAAAGUUCUGUAUGGGCCAAUAUGUGUGAAAACAUGUUCAGUCUUGCUGGCUGCUGUACAGUUAUCCUUCCAAAUAUGAGAGAGCGUUUACAUUGUCUUGUUUAUAUUUCUAUUUUGAAUUCAAUAAAUAGAAAUAAGUUUA